ACAGGCGAUAAUCUUUACCUGAACGUAAAUGCUCAAACGGUUUGUCGUUUUGAUCCCUGCAAGUAUACCACCUGUCUUCAAGGUACUGCCGCCAAGUGUGUUGUCAACACCAGGUGCCAUCCCGUGUUUCUUGAUGCUUUUGGAAAGAUUAUGAAAUGCAAAGGUAUGAUUAUUUGUAGCAGAAAUAAUAAUGCAGAAUCAGAGAUAGGGUCGAAGGCGUCGUAGGUAAACAUAUUUUUGGGAACGCAAUUAGGUGAAGACGUGGUUGUUUAGCUAAAGCUGAUAUCUUGGAAAUAAAGCUUUCACGGUGAAGCGGUGAACGGAGAACAAAACGUUUGUCGCGGAGUAGCUGGGUAGAGGGUGGUCGCGGGGAAUGAGAAGGGCUGAUCACCUCGGGCAAAAAGGCUCGCACUCACGCAAAAAUUCAUCUGAAUCUUGGGAGGAAAACAUCCCGCUUUUAACACUGGAAAUUCAUGAUGUAAACGCGGUUUAAAAUGAUAUGACCGGCGACAAAAGGGGUGCAAAUAAAGAAAAACCGGUAGAAAGGUAUUAAAAUGACGCCCAACGUGGGACUCGAACCCACGACCCUGAGAUUAAGAGUCUCAUGCUCUACCGACUGAGCUAGCCGGGCGCUGUUGUGCUGGCAAGUUGCGGCAGAAUUAUAGGAUCUUCAAUCUCAAAUAAUUAACUGGACUACAGUUUCUUCGAAAGUACCCGAUCCUAUAAUCCUGGCCUCACCUUACCAAAAGUUCUGUCUAUGUCUACUUUGCAAGCACGCACAAAAAGGCAACCAUAAAAGAAGGAUCAAAAUAUCAUUUCCGCAAGUUAUUCAGCACAUUCCUUUACUUGCAAAAAAUAAAGUAGUGGCCGAAGGAAAAAGCUGGACGCCCAACGUGGGGCUCGAACCCACGACCCUGAGAUUAAGAGUCUCAUGCUCUACCGACUGAGCUAGCCGGGCGGAAGGCGGUCACUUCAGGAGAAAAUGAUCCACUAGAUCUCUGUUAUAUCUUCUUUGCGCGCAUACAGAAACAACAAACAUAGGCAUAAGAUGAAAAUCAUUUGCAAAAGCUCUUUUUAGCCCAUUCGUUAACUUACUAGCAAAAAAAGAAAAGGUUAGACCCUUACCGUUAGGCUUAAGAGUCCCAUGCUCUAUUGAAUGAGCUAGCCGGACGUAUUUGAGGAAGGUGCAUCACUUUACUUUGUCCCAACCAGCACAAAACUGCAUAACUUUGAAUGUUUUAACUAAAAGAAAUCAAAGGUAUAUGAAAAUAACCUACCUAACUUACCCCUCCCCUAAUACAACGCUAACACUAACUUCUAAUUUAUGACAAAAUGUUGGGUAAGGGGAGAGAUUCAUAGGCCGUUUCUUAGAAUCUUAUCCUGAUCCCACUAUUCACCACAAAAAAUGGAGUACACUUACAGGUAGGUUAUUCUGUUUUCCUACACAGGUGUAUUCAAGGUCCCAGCCAGGUAUAUCUGUGGUUAUGACCCUUGUAGUGGAGCCACUUGCACUUCGGAUCCCACAGCACGUUGUCUUGUAGACCAUACUUGUAAAUCAAUGUUCGUCAAUGCCUAUAACCAGAAGACAAAAGGCUGCAGAGGUUAGUAAAGGUAUUUGGUCAUCUGAGUUAGGAUGACAGUGGUCUUAAAACACGAGCAGCAGGACCCAGUUGUUCGAUGGCCGAUAAGCGCUAACCAGGGUUAAAUUAAAAUCCGGAAAUUGUCGGAAAUUUUUUUUUUUAGAGUAUCCAGUCAUUAAAUUGUAGACAAAAAUAAUUAAACUGAGUAAAUCUAUGUCUUCUUUGAAAUUUCGCACUAACGGUGGAAUAUCUCCCCCAGGUCGGGCGAGUUAAGGAAUGAGUUCUGAUUUUUAUAAAACAAACAAAUAUAGCCUGAAAAACAACUGACAUUUCACGACGCCACCACAAGUUUCCUCGCGAAAUGACGUCUGAGACACCAGCGCAAAAUUCCACCCAGAUGACGUAUCGCUAACCAGAGCUGGGUAGUGCUUCUGAUAGGGUUCAAGCAAAUUUCUUUCACGGCGGGACCAAUCGGUAGCAAAACCCAGAUCUGGGUACUAACACGUGAUCAUUAUGGAAUUUCUGUGCUCUUGUCUCAGACAACUUUUGCGGGGAAACCAGCGGGGGUGUCGCGAAUUGUCGGUUGUUUUCUCAGGCUAAACAAACAAUAACAAAAAAUAGUAGCGCAGAAAGUGGGGUCUCAUGUUUAAUCAGCUAAUGAGUUCCAUUAUUUCGUUGGAUAAAAAGGAGCGAGGUAACACUGUUUAUUACUGCCUCUUGUUGUAUGAAAAAUAAUUAGAUUUGCUUUGGAUUUGUUUGGCAGCACUUUGUGAUUAGCCUGAACACUGAGAAGGGUUAUAUGCCCGAAAAGUUUGUUUCUUCAAAGACAUUUAUUACACUUUUUUAUAAUUUGUUACAAUAUCAUCCUAUGAGCUUUUAGACAGAAAAGUCGUUCUUAUUUAUCACCUCUUAUUUAGCUCGUCACCACAUUAUCAAAGACGAUGAAGACGGGGAGCAAGUCAGCGAGGAUGAAAAUACUAGCGAUGAUGAAGAUCAGUUAAACAAAUUGGUGGAUUCAAAAUUAAACGGUGAUGACAAAGAUACUGAUGCUGAAGAUGAAGACGAUGCUGACGACGAUGGCGCACGUUUAAGAAAACUGAUGCGUAGUGCAAAGCUUAGCACCCGUGAAAAAUCCAACAAUAACGAUGAUGAUGAUGACGAUGAUAACCAAAAUUCAAAGGAUAGUGAGGAAGGGGUUGAGAGUGUCGAAGAUAAUAGCGACAAUGAAAUUCUAGCCAAGUUGUUAAAGUCAAAGCUAAGAGGCAAAGAAAAAAUUAACGAUAACAAAGAUGAUGAUGAUGUCGAUGAUGAUGAUGAUAGUUUACAAACCGAAGAUAAACUUGCCAGUUCAAAAGAAGACGCUAGUGAUGAAAAUAGCGAUGGUGACGAUGACAACAUUGAUGCCAACAAUUCUAACGAAACCGAUGACAACAAAAAGCGAAGUAAAUUUCCGCUGAGAUUUAAACCUCCAAAACUGAAGGAUACCCACAAAAGAGUUAAGAAGAGCAGAUUUAGACAUCCUAAGAAAAAAUCAAAGCACUUGAAAUCGAAGCAUAAGCGAUGGUUAGAGACUGCAAGCUGA